AUGGCCGACGCCCUGUGUGGGCCUUCAAACGCCCUCCAAACUUUUCAGAAACAGACCUCCGUAGAUCGGACCUUGCAGCAAGACCGAAUAACAGCACGUCAAGCACCGGCCGAGAACUUUCGAUCCGCGCCCGGUAUACUCGAUGCAGAGUUCGAAGCCUUUCAGGCAGGAUACCCACUUCAAGCCGGAUAUCCCGAGCCUGAUUCAUUCUACAAUGGCCCCCCAGCCAGCUCCUUCCAACAGAAACUUGGCCAGCCACAGCUCCCGAACUGGGCUUCGGAUUUCCAGAAUAUGCAAUUGAAUGAGGCCCGAGUAUCGCCAAUUCCGCAAUCCCAAUUCCGUCAGCAUGCCCCUCUGCAACGCACAGGUGGGUGGCACCAGGACUUCUUACAUCAACAGAACCAGCCUUCUCCGUAUCAAUCUCAGCAACAGCAGAUACCUGCUGGUCAGAAUUACAGCGGAUGGUCAUACGGAUACACUGGUGGCCUGUUGCCACAGCAUCAUGAUACCCUGUCUACGAUGGCGCGGCAGAAGCAGCCCGAAAGGCAAGCUGAAGAUGUCUACGACGAAGCAGCGUUCGAGAGGGCUUUCGAUGCAGCCAGAGAAGAGAUACAGCAAUCAGGAGAUAGCGCUCAUCGAAAGGAGACCCAAAUAGACGCGGGACUGCAUGAUACCAAGGACCAAGAGAGUCAAGGAUGGCUUGAUCACAGCCGGAUUGGCUUUGACAGAAUUCUUGAUGAAGCUCAAAAGAGGGGCGAGGAGGGCAAAGAUGCGGACGAUGCGGAAGAGCUUGCAAGAACAGCCGGUCAGCUCCUUGAAAAUGUGAAGGGCGACCAGAGUCAAAAAUUCCAGGAGAGUAACUUUCUUUUCCUCAUGCGGCAAUUGAGAGAUAGGGAGGUUCGAGUCGAGGGCGAUAAGCUUGUCGAUGUAUCGCAACCCCUGCACCCUGGCGGUAGCGGUUACCCUGUUUAUCAUGCCCACCCAGACUACUGGCCUGAAGACGUAGAAUCGCUUGUGGCCGCGGGUGGGGCUCGUGAUAGGGAACCAGAUCCUCCUAGCGCUGAGGAGACUGAUCUAUUGACCCAUCAUCCAGCGCGCAACUACGGAGACCUACUGGGAGCAAAUUCCAUCCGGCGGGAUGAAUUAGUACCAAGAGCUCGAGGUCUCUUGGCGGACGCUGGACAGAGUCCUGAUUACUUGAGCGAACGUACACUCGAGUCUUCCGAGGCGACGGACACUCCUACUUACUCAUCAAUCGACACCACUAGUGAAGCACUACAAAACUAUCAAAUGCAGUUAAUGCUGCUCGAGCAGACCAAAAAAAAGCGCUUACUCAUGGCCCGGCACGAGCAAGAUACCAUAGGUCUGGGCCAUAGGUCUGGACAAUCCAGUGACCAGCAAGCACCAACAGGAAAAGGGCAAGAGCAGUAG